AUGCGUCCUUUUCAUAUCUUUAGCGGUUCAACUCAUCCGGAAUUAACAACACUUAUUUGUGAACAUUUAGGUUUUAAGCCGAGUCGUUCAAAGCUCAAGAAAUUCUCUAAUGGUGAAACCAAAGUUGAUAUCGAUACCAGCGUCCGCAAUAAUGAUGUCUAUAUUGUUCAGACAGGCUCUAGAUGCGUUAAUGACGCUUUAAUGGAAUUAUUAAUUAUGAUUCAUGCAUGUAAAGGAGCAUCAUCACAUAAAGUAAUAGUAGUAUUACCACUUUUUCCUUAUAGUCGAUAUUCAGAUACUAAAUGUGAACAUUCGGUUGAAUAUGAAAAUAUUAAAGAUGAUAGUAAGCCAUAUCUUUAUCGUUCAUGGGCAGCGCAGACGGGCGCACUAAUGUCAAAUCUUUUUGCAUGUGCAGGAUGUGAUCAUAUUAUUACUAUGGAUUUACAUGAUCCACAAUUUCAAGGCUUCUUUAAUAUACCGGUUGAUAACCUAGUUGCACGAGGGAUUUUUCAAAAGUAUAUUGUAAAACAUAUUCCUGGAUAUUUAGAAGCUGUAAUUGUAUCACCAGAUGCAGGUGGAGCAAAACGAGCAACUAUUAUUGCAGAUACAUUAAGAAUGGACUUUGCAUUGAUUCAUAAGGAAAGGAAGUUAGGCGAACAGUUUUAUCAAAUGGAUUCAGAAAUGAUGUUAGUUGGGGAUGUAGAGAGUAAAGUAGCUAUUUUAAUUGAUGAUAUUAUUGAUACGGCAAAUACAUUAAUAAAAGCAGCAAAAAUGUUAAGUGAGCAUGGUGCAAUAAAAGUUUAUGCUUUGGCAACGCAUGCAGUUUUUUCAGGCGAUGCUAUUGAACGAAUUAAUGAGAGUACAUUACAUAAAGUAAUAGUAACAAACUCUGUUCCACAAACAGAAAAUGCAAAGCGUUGUCCUAAACUUGUCGUUCUUGAUGUUUCCUUUAUUUUUGCAGAGGCAAUACGAAAAAUUCAUCAUGGGGAAAGUUUAAGCAUGUUAUUCGAUUAUAGUUUAUAA